AUGGAGUGCGGACCAAGGAUAGAGGAUGGUUCAAUUCUUGUCGAUGGCACCGAAUUAAACAAGGUGAACUGUUUCAAGUACCCUGGAUCCAAAGUGACUUCCACAAGCGACAUUGAUCAAGAAGGUUCAGCACGUGUUAAUGCGGCAUGGAUGAAAUGGAAAACGGCAACAGGCGUACUGUGCGACAAGAAAGUCCCUGUUCGACUGAAGUCGAAGAUCUACAGGACGGUUGUGCGUCAUGUUGCCUUUUGCGAGUGCUGGCUGACGACGAAAACCUUGGAAAGAGUGUUACACGCUAUGGAGAUGCGGAUGUUGAGGUGGACGAUGGGUGUAACGCUAAAAGAGAAUGUAUCGAACGACACUGUACGCUCCAUCUUUGGCGUCGUCCCGAUAACUGAGAAGAUGAAGGAGGCGCGACUGAGAUGGUUUGGUCACGUCUUGCGGCGAGAGGGAGAUUCUGUUGCCAAAAACGCUUUGAAGCUCGACGUUUCAGGACUGAGGCCGCGUAGGAGGAAAAAAAUUGGCUGCAUAGACCGUGUAAAGCUGGAUAUGAUAGAUGCGCGUUUAUGUACGACUGAUGCAAUGGAUCAGAGAAAGGAAAUUAAAGAAGGAGGGAAAGUCCUGUUCGACUGA